UACAGAAGGAUGAAAGCUGCGGUAAUCACAUGAAAGCAUGUCUGCUUCUAUGAAGUUCAGAAUUUGGUCCACCACAUAUUAUUUUAUGCAUGUCCGCUUGCCUUGAUGCGCAGUUCUAUCGUCUUAGGCAAUUUGAAAGGAGAAGCUAACUAGUGAGCUUUUAUUUGAGGAAAUUUCAGUCUUUGGCAAGCUAGCUAGUUAGCUCCCGUAAGGUGGUUGGGCGCCUGUAUGAGCAUCGCGCUCAACUCAAUUCUAUAUCCAUGCACCUGGGAGAAAGUUUGGCAACAGCAAGGGCCGUAGGGCACUUGCAGAAGAGCACCGAAGUUAUGACGCUAGUCAAAAAGCUCAUGAAGGCCCCUCAGGUGGCGGCCACCAUGCAAGAAAUGUCUAAAGAGAUGAAGAUAAUGCUGGAGUGAUGGAAGAAAUUCUGAACGAGGGUUUGGACUCGGCUCUCGACAACGAAGACAUGGAAGAAGAGAUUGAGGAGGAGGUUGAUAAGUUGUUGUCUGAGCUUGCUGUGGAGACUGCCGUUCAGCUACCAUCUGCAGGGGCAAGCCGGGAGAAGCCUGCCAAUGAGCGUUUGAAGCCCCUCUCUCAGUCUGCCAAAAAGCAACAAGAAGUGGCUGCAGCUGCGGAGGGAGGUGAUGACGAUGAAGAGCUGGAUUACGUGGUCGAUUGGCGAGUGUGCGAUCAUGACGAAAUCAACUAUAUCCCUUUCAAGCAUUCCACUACAUCUAAAUAUCUAGCGUCCAAGGAUUUGACAGCCGAAGAGGAGGAAUAGUCCCCAAUUUUUGUAACAAACGGCAGAAACAGCUACUAAACAGGACAGAUGGGAAAGGGGAAGAGGCUUAGCAUUCACAUGUAACAAAAAGUACGGCUUGAUGAUUUUUGACAUAUGUCAAGUAAGCAGCGUUGACCGAUAGCAACAACCGAUGCCCUGUUGAUUUAGCUUUACGCAAGCAACUCUUACUCCAGUGUGGUCCGUUCUUUUGUAAUAAAUUGAAUUUCAGAUGUCUUGCACAAUCUGAAACAUGUCAUCCUUCUCAUCA